AAAGAAAGGGUUUUUUUCCUCUCCCCCAUGGAGGCAGAGCACCCGCACCAGAUCACAUACACCACCACCACCACCACCUCCACCUCAUCCCUCUGCCCGCGCCGCAGGAAGAGAGGAGACGACGAGGCGGCGCACCACCUCGUGUUCCCCAUGGAUCUCGACUCGGCCGCGGCGGCGGCUGCGGCGGCGGCGCACCACCAGCAGCAGCAGCAGCAGACCACGUCCCAGGACAAGCUGAAAGCAUUGGCUUAUGAGUACGGUCAUGAGUUCCGAGUAUUUUCAAGUGUAACAUUUGAGUCAAUGACUAGCAACUUGCCCGCAGCAGAUCAGGAGGAAGAUGAUGACUUUUAUGAGCUUCAGCCUGCUGACUAUUUCAACUUGGUUUCGAACAGAAUAGGAGAACAAUCGAAAGUUUUGAAGACUCGUAAAAUGCGUGAAGCAGAACUUGCUGCCCAACGAGCAAAGAUAAAAAAGGCAGUAAUGAGGGUGCGAUUCCCUGAUGGAUACAUACUUGAGGCCGAUUUUCAUCCGUCAGAAACAGUUCAAAGUCUGAUGGAUUUUCUGAAGAAAGUAAUCUCUAGACCAGACCUGCCAUUCUAUCUCUAUACAGUUCCACCAAAGAAGCGGAUAAAAGACACUUCACUGGAUUUCUACACAAUUGGUUUUGUUCCUGGGGCUAAUGUCUACUUCUCUUAUGAUCUGCCGGAAGGCUCAGAGUUAAAUACAGACAGUGUAAAAUCAGGACCUUAUCUCCGUGAAGAAAUUCGGAUGUUGGAUGGACUACCAAUUGUCCAAGAACCUGUGCACCAACCAAUUGAUUCUACUAUGAACUCUUCUUCUGCUCAUCAAUCUGAUGUGUCUCAAUCAGAUUUUGCACCGCCAGCAAACAAGAAACCAGCUAAACCAAAGUGGUUCAAAAGGUGAUGAUGAGGUGAGACAGUCAGGGCGCCAAGAAUGCACCACCAGAGGACGACUCUAAUGUAGGGGGAUAGAGAGUGAAAGCAUGACAAUAAUGGGUUGCUGUUGGCUUUCUUGAUGGAUGGAUACACAUUGUAAAAUGAAACUUUCCAAAGAAAUUUCACGAGUGCUGCAGAAUGAUUUUUUGCGUCUGAUAGCACUGCAUUACACUGUACACUCCGUUGCUAACAAAGCCUCCCUUUUCCUGAGUGCAUAUGGCUGGGGGUGUUUGGUUGA